AUGCUUCCUUCGAUCGCUACGCAGCAUCAAUCGCGUCUUUAUGGAGGACAGCUAACGCAGCUCGAAGACUUCCCCUGGACUGCAUUGAUUGAGUACGCGAAACCGGACGGCAGUUACGGCUAUCACUGUGGCGGAACUCUUAUCAACCAAGAUCACAUCGUAACAGCUGCUCACUGCGUUAGCUCCCUGCCUGAUGGGUGGAAAGUCCACCGGGUACGGCUUGGCGAGUGGGAUCUUUCGACGGAGCUAGAUUGUGAUCACGAAGUCUGCAACGAACCCGUUGUCGAUAUGAAGAUCGCCAAGGUCAUCGUGCACGAUGGGUUUGAUGCGGGGAACGAGAGCCUCAGCAAUGAUAUCGCGUUGAUUCGCUUUGAGGCGGAGGUGAAUUUUACCGAAACAGUUCGGCCGAUAUGUCUGCCCCUGGCAGCAUCGAUUCGAGCAGAAAAUAUGACGGAACUGUUCGGUACCGUAGCUGGAUGGGGAGUAACACCAACAGUCAGCGGAGUUCCGAAGAAGCUGAAGGUGGACGUUGGCCUGAAAGGCGUCCAGGAGUGCUUUCCGAACCUGGAACGUGCAGCUCAGUUCUGUGCUGUGGGCAAACGCUCGGACAGGGAGAUAUGUAGUGCUGAUGCUGGAGGUGGUUUGACUCGGGCUUUCUACGGCUUUCACUAUCUUAUUGGAAUUACUGGAAUGGGACAGGUGAAGUGCGGUUCGGUGGAUGUGCCUGGAGUGUACACGCGAGUACCAGAUUAUAUUAGCUGGAUAAAAGACAAUAUUGCGUAG